UUUUCUUCAAACUUUAACGCAUUUUUCAAGGACCAACGAAUCUUCACGCAACGGAGACAUUACGCAUCAUCAUAGAUAAUCGCUUCAUAACAACUGCGAGGCAUACAUAUCGCAACUGUUCAUCGUUCUCGCGAGAGCAGUUUUUGCGCAAGUACACGGACGCGUCCCACCGGAUAGGAAAGAGACUAGAUACUGCGAUAGAAACUAGAAGUUCAAGCUGCAACUUUAAGUCCCUUGUGAAUAAUCGCUGGCGAUUUCCUAGAGGCGAAAAUCUCUACAUUCAUAACGGCGCGUGGUGGUUGACCGAUGACUGCCGCAGCCGGCCAAAGAUUGCAGAAAAUCCGCCCAAGCGACGAGAUAAAUUCUCUCGCGUGUGCCUCGUGGACGUGCAAAACAAAUUAAAAGAAAGGGGUAUAGAAAGAACGAGAAAGAGAAAGAGAGAGAGAAAAAUAAAAAAAUACAAGAACAGCGCUUAAAAGUACGAGAGGUGGUCGCCUGAGCACGCUGAUAAACGCUGAGUAAUGGGGACGCAAAUUACGUGCGAGGAAUACUACGUGAGAAAUGAUUGCCCGAUGCAAAUUCUGCUGGCCGCUAGGACGAUGCAGCGACCGAUACUGCCGGAUACUGUAAGUCUGUCUAAACGAUUCACCACGACCACGUGGACCAAGGAUAGGCCCACGAAGCAAACCGGCCGUCCAUCGUCUCCGUGAUGAUCCGAGAGGAUGUACGUAAUCCCAGGAGGAAUUAACCAAUUAGUACUGGCGAUAGAGGAUUUGCGCUAAGUUAAUACAACGAUGAGUAUCAAUACAACGGAGAUCACGGAUAGAUUACGUUACUCGCCAACAACGAUAGCUCUCAACUCUGUCCUCGUUAUGGACCAAGAUACAUAAUCCGCAAGGUACUACAUCGCGUUAUAGCAUUCAUGAAGCAUAUACGAAAUUUUAGACGGAUUACUCCUUAGCAAGCUCAAUGGCUUUUAACCUUGGUUUCACGAUGCAACAGCGCAGCGAUAUUAAGUCUGUAUAGACUACAUGAUAUCACGAGUCAGUGUGUACAAACUUUGCAGUACUACAAACCAGUACGUAUAGUCUUCACAAUAAGGAGUGACUCGGCAAGUAAAGUGUCUGUUCGGUCUCUCCGGCAUCAAUUACACCUCACUUCCCGGAUUUGUUCCCGGGAUUGACGCAGGCAGACUCUUCGCCGACGAAGUGACUGUGCGAUUAUUCGAGGAAACAUACGUUCGGCUUUAAACGGAGGAAGUGGCUUCGCGAUCCGCGUUGCUCUCGAGAUCCAGCGUAUCGGCGCGAGUGCGCACCUUUAAUCGUUAUAGUGCGGAGUUAUCAUAAGACUAAUUAUAUAAAUAUAUGUAUAAUAUAAAAACUAAUUUCCCGUUAUUGUAUAAGUUAAUAUAAGGCUCAGAUAUACUUGCUAAAUGGCUAUAAGUGAUUUUUCAAUGAAGAUAAGGUCAAGCGGAAGAGAGAAUUCAGUAUCAAUUCUUAUACCAUAAUAAAGACUCUUAGAUGAUAUAAUUUUGCGGACUAUGCAAAUAUUAAUACAAAAAUUCCUAUCAUUAAACGACAGAAAGUGAUUACGUGUGUUCAAUAUGAUAAGAUCCACGAUGGAAUAAGCAAACUACAGAAAUUGCGAACGCUUCGAAGUGAGAUGUUUUAUGGUAUAAUACAUAUAAAGAAUAAAGAUAAAUAAAACGAACGAUCGGAUUUGCCAACACGAUAAAAAGAACGUCGAGUGGUUAAAUCAUAGCUGCACUUGCCAAGUCCGACAGACGUGAAACCUUUAUACUCGAAACUUUCUUCGAGUAACGCCGAAGAUCAAACGGAGGAUCAAAUAGUUACGAGGAACAAGAGUAUAUCUCGCGAAAGUUUCUCGAGAGCAGGGAGGGAACAAGGAAGAGUCGCGUGGUGUUCUCCUCUCAAGAGGCCGCGCGCAUGGCACAGCCGAUCAUUGCGGACAAUCGGUCACUCGUCGCGAUUCGCUCUUUGUGAUACACCACGUAACACCGCUCGCGGAGAAGGAAAAAGACAAGUGGCGGAAAAGGAACAAGAUGAUGGCGGGAACGGGGGUGGGUGGUGUCGGCGGUGUAGGGAUGCUGAGAACCAGGCGGCGGGACGUCAGCGUCAAGCCAAAUAGAAAACUCGACCGGAAGUCCUCGAGGGGGAUGAUUUACGAGAACGAGGAGCUCAGACUGAGGACCAUUCACAUCAAUGCCGAGGUGGAGCAAGGUCAGAAUGAUAUCAAGAAAUUGCGCAGAGAGAACGAGCAGCUGCGUAGAGAAAUAUGGAGUCUCAGGGACGAGUACGACAAACUUGAAGAAAUUUUGAAGAAACAGAAGAACCCUGAUGAAAGCGAAGAGUACGAGGAUCGCUCCGAGGAGGAUGAUGGCUUGCAAUCGGACUUUUCCUGCGAGGAAGACGAAGAGGAGUGCGAAGAUAAUGAGAAGACGGUCAAGGACUUCAACCAAGAAGAACAGCUAGAAAACGCGGAGAAUCAGAAGAUCUCUUCCGAGAAGAUGAGCAGCAAUAUGCAUCGACUUCACGUGGAGUUCGACGAUCUGUCGGUUGUUGACGAGGAGGAAGAGCUAAAGAGAGAUAAGGAGAAGAAGGAGACGACACCGGAGAAGGAUCAGGGAAACGAGGCUGUCGGGCAUCCACCCCCGCCGAUUCUCAAUCCCCGACAACUUCACGAUAACAUCCCGUUUUAUCCGGCCACGUACGAGCCGCCGAGUAGUUUCAGCGGAACCAGUUAUUACACCGAAUGCCCAUUCGAGUUCCCAAGUACGAUAGAUUUAAUGCUAUCCACGGACACGUCCGUAUUAUUGGCUUCACCAUACUCCGGAUUACAGUCUGAUCCAUUGAUCCCGCUGACCAACUUAGACGUCGGGAGUUUAGAAGUAGCCGAUCCGAUGUUACCUCAAAUUCACGUCCCGCCCAUCGGUUGGCAAAACGACAUGGUCUCUCAAAAACAAGCACCUACUUAUACGAAUAGCAUCACUCCUGUCGUAUCAACAACAGGAAAGCCGGACUCGCCGAUAGUUUCCUCAGUGGAAAGUUCAGUGCUGCCGUCAAAUAUUUUCAGCUUGUUAAGAAGAAGAAAUGCAAGUACGAGACAACCCACAAAACUUUAUGAAACAUCAACUAUUCAAGAUUCACGAACGCAGUUUUCCGAAGAAACGACCGGUAAAAAUGUACGGAACAUGGAUUCUCUUGGAUCCGUUAUGGUAAAUGGAGAAAAGGAUAUGCAGCGAAUUGAGAACGAAGAGACUAUGAUGUUCUCGGGACUAGAAAAGCCUAAACCGUUCUUCUCGCCACAACCUUUCAAGCUAAAAAAACAAGAAGAAGAGUCGCCAACCGCGAGUAUAAGUCAUUUUGGAACUGGAACUAGUUCGAGCAGUGGCAAAACGGCUUCGACGAUUAUUUCUAGGAUUAAUCCUUUCGCAGGAUUAAAAGGUUCGGCGGAUAUUUAUAUAAACGGCGCGAUACCUUGUGAAGACGCUUCAAAAGAUAAAAAUGAUCCAAAGACAUUUUUGAGUAUAGAUAAUCUACUAAUCACGGAUAGCAGAAGUGCUCUAGGUAAUCAAUUGACAAAAUCAGUCUCCUGUCAAGAUCUCUCGAGUGAAUCGCAAAGUGCGCAACAAUUAAAAAUGAAUCACGUUGAUUCUCAGAUACUCACGAAAAGUGACAAUACUUUGGAUAAUAUAAGUGGUUUCUCUAAUAAACCGUACAAGAGUCACCUAAAUGUGACAUUAAAAGUACCACGAACUGAGCAAACAUCUAGUCCAGAGACACCAGAGGUACCCAAUCUACCCUCAAUAGAUUACCGUCUCUUUAGGAAUCCUUUUCUAAGAAACUUCGACAAGACCUGUCCCAACUAUCAAGUAAAACCGAAUCCUCCUGCCACCACGACGCCACUCUCUAUUCACGUAAACGAUGACAGCCUCGCUUAUCCUAUGCCGGGUUACAGUCGAGGUGUUCACCUCAACGAGAAAUUUCGAACUGCACAUAUAUCGGAUCAGAAUCGAUUGCUGAUACCCAGCGACCAACUGAUGAGCGGCAAGCAGGAUAUUCAAGUAACUUCCUUCGAGAAACCGAGUCCUUGCACCUUAAUACCUUCCGCCACGCCUUACGAUUUGACGACUCUGAGAAGAUUAAACGCAAAUCGAUAUCUGCAGAAUCAGCAUCUGUACCAGAAUGUUCCCUUCGUAUCGCGAGGUCAAUUUUAUUCGCCGAGAUGUGGAAUGAUGUACUAUGAUAACGUCACAAAGGUACCGGCGCAAACGCAGACAUCAAUUGACGGCGACUCGCAUCACGAGGAUGAAGAGACAAUUAGCGUACCAAAUUCGCCGAACGGACAGAGACGAACAAAAAUCGUGAAAAAAGAAAAAAUUCUAAUUAAAGACCAAAAACCGCUAUCGCCGGUAACACAAAGAAAAUUGAAAAAACAGAUUACCGCCACGUCGACAGAUACACUCGAUUCGCAAGGGAAAAUAACACGGAAGAAACCGAGAAGAUUAAGCACGAUGACGCCUGAUGCGCAAGAGAACAAGAACGAAAGCAGGUCAUCGUCCUCAGGACAAGAAUCACCACGUAAGGAUCAAAACCGAAAGGUAUCCGUCUACAUUAAUUCUAAAAGACGACCGUCUCAAGCUUCAUUAAAAACAUUGAGGAGUGGUAGUGUCGAUGCCAAAGACAAGUUUACGGAUGGUAUCGCGUUGAAUUCAGACCGUGAAAGAACGAACUCGGUCAGUAGCCGGGAAAUCACCCACGCGAAAACUCGCAAGACUAGUACUAGUAGUGGUAAUGUGCCAUGGUGCGCGUGUUGGGGGAACGGCUGCAUUUAAUCAGCGUUGCAUAUUCAAUCCCAUUCAGGGAUGCAACUAGAAAAUUAGAUGCAAAAAGUGAAAUGUUAAC